AUGGGAGGUGAACUCUGUGCAAGGAUGGGAAUUGGCUUGUGCGCAAGGCUGGCAAGGUCAUGGAGAAAGAUGGAGAUGGCUCUCAAUGAUACAGUUUCCAAGAGCGUAGUUGGCAAGUACUUCAAGCUAGAAGCAAGGAAGAGUUGCUUCACAAAGGAACUGCGAGCCGGUACAGCUACUUUUCUCACCAUGGCUUAUAUCAUCACUGUUAAUGCUACCAUCAUUGCAGACUCCGGUGGCACGUGCUCUGCUGCUGAUUGCUCGGCUCCGGUGAACCAAACCGCUUCCCCGGAUUGCAUGUUCAAGCCUAACGCAGGUUAUGAAAACUGCCUCUCAAAAACUAAGAGUGAUCUUGUUGUAGCCACUGUUUUAUCAGCCAUGAUUGGGUCGUUUGCUAUGGGAAUUUUGGCCAACAUACCUUUGGGCUUGGCUCCAGGUAUGGGUCCUAAUGCCUACUUGGCCUAUAACUUAGUGGGGUUUCAUGGAUCUGGAUCUCUGUCAUACCAAACGGCAUUAGCGGUGGUCUUAGUUGAGGGCUGUGCUUUCCUUGCAAUUGCUGCCUUAGGGCUUCGAGCAAAACUUGCUAGGCUCAUACCUCAGCCAGUCCGACUUGCAUGUGCAGCAGGAAUUGGGCUGUUUAUUGCAUUCGUAGGGUUGCAAAUCCACCAAGGGUUAGGCCUAGUAGGACCUGAUCCAUCUACACUGGUGACAGUCUCAGCCUGUGCCAGCACAGAUCCUGUUACUGGCAAUUGCCUUGGGGGCAAAAUGAGAAGCCCAACAUUUUGGUUGGGCUUCGUGGGGUUUCUGAUCACUUGCUAUGGGUUAAUGAAGGAGAUUAAAGGCAGCAUGAUAUAUGGGAUUCUAUUUGUUACAUUAAUUUCCUGGAUUAGGGGCACUGCUGUUACAUACUUUCCUGACACCACACUUGGUGACGCAAAUUACAAUUAUUUCAAGAAAGUAGUAGAUUUCCACAAAAUCCAGUCCACAGCUGGAGCUAUUAGCUUCAGCAAUUUCAAUAGGAGUGAGGUUUGGGUGGCUUUGGCAACUUUGCUCUACGUUGAUGUGCUUGCCACAACUGGCACCUUAUAUACAAUGGCGGAAAUUGGAGGUUUUGUUGAUGACAAAGGAAGUUUUGAAGGAGAAUACUUGGCAUACAUAGUCGACUCUAGUUCCACCAUCAUGGCUUCGGCGUUAGGAGUAUCUCCGAUAGCCACCUACGUAGAAUCGUCGGCAGGUAUAAAAGAAGGAGGUCGAACAGGAUUAACAGCUGUGAUCAUCGGUGUGUAUUUCUUCCUGUCAUUGUUUUUUACUCCAUUACUGACCAGCGUACCCCCAUGGGCUAUUGGUCCUUCCCUAGUAAUGGUUGGAGUGAUGAUGAUGAAAGUGGUAAAGGACAUUAACUGGGGAAAUAUGAAGGAAGCAGCACCUGCUUUUGUCACCAUGUUGCUGAUGCCGCUAACCUACUCUAUAGCAAAUGGAAUUAUUGGUGGCAUUGGGCUUUAUGCUGCUCUUAGCUUGUAUGAUUUAGUACUGGAAUUGAUUAGGUGGUUGAACAAGAUGAGGAAAAUGGUAGUCUCGGAACAAAAUCAAGUGUCAGCUGCUACAACUGGGGCAGAGUCCUCGGUUGAAAUCAUUUGAAUGGUAGAGAAAUUAGUCGGAGUUUUUAUUAGGGGCUGCAAGUUUCUUGUAAACAAAAA